GAAGGCGGCGCAGCUGCGAUUUGUCCUGGAGCUGUCCCUUGUCUCCGGCGGGGUCGGCAUUGGCGGGAAGGUAGGCUGGCACCACCCGCUGCGGCGAGCGUUGUCCUUGUUUUCGUGAAUACGGUAAGCAGCUUCACUGGCAUCCGUUCGUCAGUCCCCGUCCCGCGUCCCUGCAGCCGUGCCGGACGCGGAGAGGCUACGUACACAUGGCGCGGUGCGGCGGCGGCGCGGCGCCGAAGGGUCCCUGUCCGGCGACAGUGGAGCGGCACCGGUUAAAGGAGGCGCUGGCCGAGCAGCUCCGGCAGGACCUUAGCAGGUUGCUCGCAGAGGGGACGUGCUCCGACGUGAUCGUCUGUGCGGGAGACUGGGAGCUGCGGGCGCACCGGGCAGUGCUGCUGGCGCGGGCGCCGCGGCUCCUCGCCGCGCUGGGCGGAGGACAGUCGCCUGGCACCGUGCUGCGGCUGGACGGCGUCGGGCUCGCGGAGACACGGCGCUUCUUGCGGCUUGUAUAUACAUCUGAUAAAAAUCUCGAAGAUGAGGAGCUGGCUAUGAUGAAAAAAGUAUUGGAACCCAAAAUGAUACAAGAAAACAACACUGCUACCCUUGAGAGCACCCAAACAAAUGUGAAUUGUCUUGGAGAUGGUGAAAGAACACCUGUUGAUCAGAAUACACUAAGUGAAGCUGUGCAGGAAGUUGUUUGCUCAUCCUGUAUUGAAGAGGAAAUCCCAGAAGUGGUCACUGAUGCAGAAAGCCACAAAGCCACCACAGGUAAUUCCAAGCUAGAAACUGCAUCUGCAUUAGGAGAAGACUUAAUAAUGCUCUACAAGAAGUGCUGUUGUCCAGAUACUAAUAUAUGUGUAGAAGGCAAAGUUUUUCAAGCUCACAGGGCCAUUUUAUGUGCCAGAUCUAGUUACUUUGCUGCUAUGUUGAGUGGAAGUUGGGCUGAAAGCUCCCAAGAGCACAUCACUCUUCAAGGCAUAAGCCAUGUAGAAAUAAGUGUCAUCUUGCAUUUUAUAUAUGGAGGUAUUCUGGACUUCCCAAACCGAGUUGAUGUUGGCCGCAUGUUGGGCAUCGCAGAUAUGUAUGGUCUAGAUGGGCUGAAAGAAGUAGCAAUCUACAUUUUGAAAAGAGAUUACUGCAAUUUUUUCCAAAAGCCUGUCCCUGGAAAACAGCAACCUGUACUAGAAUGCAUGGCUAUUGCUCAUUCAUUGGGAGUGGAAAACUUAUACGCCGCUUGCAUGAAAUGGGUAGGAAAACAUUUUGCAAAAUGUUUGUCAGAGAGAAGCUUUGCCAGCUUACCUACUGAACUUCAGAACAACUGUCUUGUUAUGUUGAUUAACUCCUUGAACCACAAAAAUGCUGCUUUCCUUUUGAUGGAGAGUGACCGGCUGAUCAAUAGUCUUCCCCAAGUGAAAUGGACAGAGACAGCUGUGGCCUUGGCAUCUAAGCUACAAGAAGAAUGUGUAACAUUUAUCGUGGCAAACUUCCUACACGUAGUACAAACUGAAGGCUUCUCUGUUUUGUUGCAGGCACAGGCAAUGAGCAGCAAACCAGAUCUUCUAGAACUAAUUUUUGAUGCAAUUGAAAAAAGUAUUAAUAAUGAGAAUAGCUGCUUUCUUCUUGUAGCUGUGGAUACGCUGUUGGACUCUACGAAUGUGAAGGACAUGGCUUUUACGUGCAAGAUUCAGGCUCUGCGUGAUAAGCUCUGGGUCUUCCUGGUUCAGUCUUUUUAUGCUGUUCGUCACACAGAAAGCUGGAAGCUGAUGAGGCCAGACCAUCAACAUAAAAUACAAGCAGCUGCAUUUGACAAGGGUGAUGACCGGAGACUUGGUAAAAAACCUGUAUUCACUAGUUCUCAGCUGAACAAAUCUAUUACUGAAUCUGUUGGUAUAAAGAAUACUUCCUGGAAAGAACACGGCAAGAAAGAUUGCAGGGGAGGCUCUUCCACUAAUCAGGAUAAAAUGAAAUCUGAUGGAUUAGGAGCAUCUGGACAUACAUCCAGCACCAACAGAAACACUGUUAAUAAGGCUUCAAAGCAUGAGGAUGUAAAAGGAAAAGAUGGCAAAAAAACAGUUUCGAAGAUUACUAAGGAUUCAAAACCUGGGGAGAAAGUUGCUUCACCAAAGGCUAGAGCUGUUAUAAAGACAAAAAUAGAAAACAAUGGAAAUGCAAAGAUGGAAAGCAUACUGACCAAGCAAGAUACAGAAAAGACAUCAGCUGCAAGUGGACAAAAAAAUUCAGGAAGUGGUAAAGGACUAAAGAACCAUGAAGGAAAAACUGCAGGUGCCAGACCUAAAGUGCUGACAGUAACUUCAAGUGUGCAGAUCAAAACAAAACCAUUGAAAAAAGCCACAGGGAAGGACUCUCCCUCCUUACUGACUGUGGCAGGAACUUCCGGCAAGUCAGCAAACUCAAACGUAGAUAACCAGACUGGCAGUGCACAAACAGAAGAACACAAAGAGGAUAAGUUAGUAGAGGAAGGGAAGAAACAGACUGUAGUGAAAACAAAGGCAUCUGUGAAAACAUCAAAUGGAGUCACCACCAAAAAAAAAAAGACUGAGCUUGAUGCUAAUGUCACAACAAGCAGUCUGUCCAAAAAAUCAGCUGGGAAAGGGUGUAAUGAACAAAAUGUACAAGCAGUUACAAAGAAAAAAGGGAAUGCGAGUGGCAGUUCUGCAGGACACCAAAAGACUCAAAACACACCUAUCAGCUCUCCCAAGAACCAAGGACCUCAGGGGGAAUCACCAAAUCCACUGAAAUCAGGACUGUCUCCAAAACAUAAUGAAGAAAAAAAUGUGGUACAACACCUGGUUCAGACAACACUCCCAGAAAAAAAUCCUUCAGCCAAGAAGAGGAGUGCUAAGCAGUCACAAACACCUGCUGCAAAAGCCACUGCAAAAGUAACAUCUAAAACAUUGGCUCCAUCAAAACACACUGAAAUUAUGAAUAAUAAAGACACAAAACUGAAAACAGUUGGGCAAACUGUAUUAAAAUCUCAGCCCUCUGGCCAGAAACAUUCAAGGAGUGAAUCCCCUGUUGCCCAAAAGAAUGUGCACACCUCUGAGCAAAGAGGUUCAUGUCAGAAACCUGAAAAAAACGUGAGUGAUGCUGUGGCAGGUCAGCCCAAGGACAAUAAUGAAUGCUAUUCUGUAAAGCAAAGUGAAUCUCUAAAAUCUGUGACUGAAGGUAGCAGCGAAGAGAAAAUGCAGGUGUCCUGUAAAGCCAGCAAAGAAAAAUUAUCAGAUUCUUCUGAAAACAGAGAAUACAAAAUACAAUCUGAAUCUUCUCUAGUUAUGGAAGAAGCUGUUACUAAACUCCCUGUUUCUCUGCAAAAUGAAAUGGAAGCAAGACACAUCUGUGGAGAUCAGAGCAGAAAUAAACACGCUGAAGAUACAGAAAAAGAUGAUAAAAGAGCUGAAUUUCGCUGUCAUGCGCAGUCUUCCAGUAACAGAUCCCCAGACUUUUCUAUGGAAACCAGUCAAAAAGCUACUGCUUCAGGACAACUGGUAAAACAUCCAACAGCAACAGAAGCCUGUAGUGAACAAAGCAAUAAAUUAAACUCUGAAACAAGUCUUAACGAUGGUGAAAAUGGUUUACCAAGCUCUUCCAGUACAAUAACCAGCGAGGAGGCUGAGACAUCUCCUCAGAUUCAUAUGGAAAGGCUUCUUACAGCUGAUGAGCUGUGUGAUACAUCAGCCUUGAAUGAAUACAAAUCAGUUAGUGCAGAUGUAGAUGAUGUUUCAGAAUGUUCUACAGAACAAAUAACAGAAAAAUACUCACCUAGUUACACAGGGCCUAUAGAUCCUACAGACAUGCCAGAAAGCCAUGAAAAUGCAGAAACUCCCUUCAUGGACCACUGGAGUACUGGUGCAUUAGAUCCAAAAGAGAGUCCUGAAUCAGAUACUGGUAGUGCAACCACAUCCUCUGAUGACAUAAAACCAAGAUCAGAAGAUUAUGAUGCUGGAGGCUCUCAGGAUGAUGAAGGAUCUAAUGAAAGAGGCAUUUCUAAAUGCAGCACUAUGUUGUGCCACGAUUUUCUUGGAAGAAGCAGCAGUGACACAAGUACACCUGAGGAAUUAAAAAUAUAUGACAGCAGCCUAAGAAUAGAAGUGAAAAUGAAAAAAGAGAGUUCUGAUCUCUUCCGUGUUAAUUCAACGAGUGAUGAUGAAAUACCAAGAAAAAGACCUGAAGUUUGGUCCCAUCAGGGAAGUGCCAGGACCAACAGUAGAGAAAGCAAAAGUUCUACUUUUGGUAAUACACAGUUUAGUCAGGAAGCAGACCAAGUUUCUUCUUCUGCCGAUGAAACAGAAGAUGAUAGAUCUGAAGCAGAGAAUGUUGUAGAAAACUUUCCUCCGUCAGAAGUUCCUCCUCAACAGUUCCAAGGAAUCGAUAAUUUAGCUUUUGAAGAUGCAACAACAGAAAAUGAUGCUGCAAGUCGAGAGUUUUCUAAAACUAAACAUUUCAAACGAUCUGUUUUACUUUCAGUAGAUGAAUGCGAAGAACUGGGAUCUGAUGAUAGAGCGGAAACCCACACUUCACGUCAGCAUUCAACAGAUUCUCUUACUCCUCCAGAAGUGUUUGACAGUAUAUCCCAAGAGAACCACGGAAAGACAUUCUAUUCGAGAUAUGCACUGGGAAUUGAAGGCGGACUCCUGGAUUGCAAACAGCAUAAGGAUAGAGACAAUAGAUUGGAUACAAGUGAAAGUUCUGUCCUACAUAUUUGUGGCACUGAAAUCCAAGGGAAGGAGAAUGGAGGCGCUUCAAUGACUAAACAACAUUGCUCAGAGAAAGCAGACUCAGCAGCUACUCCAUGGCUGGGAGAGAACCAGAAAGUAACUAUGAAGAAUGAGGUGGCAAGUGAAUUUCACCAGUGCAAUAAAUACUCAGACAAUGAUGCAAAAUCUCAAGAAAGACCAUGUCAUUUGGACCUUCAUCAGAGAGAAACGAAUUCUGAUGUGCAAAAGAACAGCUCUGCAAAACCUGUAGAAGCCAGUAAGAAUCAGAUACUGACUCAGGAAGGUCAAGAGAGAGACAGUCAACCAGCAUCUACUGAGUGCGCUAAUACUGAUUUACUUCCAGGAGACAUAGAUGAUUAUGACUCAAUGGCACAAACCUGCAUGUAUGAGCAUCGGCCUUCAAAAACCCUUUCUCCAAUAUAUGAAAUGGAUGUUGGAGAAGCAAUUGAGCAGAGGAUGGAUUCAGAAACAGCAGUUCUAGAUGUGGAUUUUGAAGAUCAGCAAUUUGCAGAACAGGACUGGACACUUCUCAGGCAAUUGUUAUCUGAGCAGGACUCAAAUAUAGGUUUCAAAAACUCCGUUCCUGAAGACCUUAACUUAGCACAAUGUCUUAUCAAUCAGACACUGUUUCUGGCACGAGAUGGUUCAAAUCCUCAGGGUACAUCACAAGUUGACACAUUCAGUAGGUGGACUGAACUAAUAUCUCCACUUGACGAUUCUUCAGCAAGCAUUACAGUGGCAAGCUUUUCAUCUGAAGACUGUUCGUCCCCUCAAGGGGAAUGGACAAUUCUUGAACUUGAAACCCAUCAUUAAGGUGAUGAAUUGUUUGCAACUGAACUCCAACCCAUUCCCCAAAUCUAUUUUUGAUGGUUUUUUUCCAUACAAUAAUGAAAUACUGCAUCAGUCAAGAACGAGCAAUUCUUGAUACUGAGGCAAUCUUUCUGAUACAAUGAGGUAACUAUGUUAAUUUAUAAUCUAGAGUGAAUCACAAGGACAGUAAUUUUUUCAAGACUUAAAUGUAUGUCUUUUCUAAAAAUGAACUUUGAGCAUGUGUUUUCUAGACUUGUUAGGAAAAUUAGAUUACAUAAGAGAGAAAAAAUCUUGAAAUCUUGGGUUCCACCCUUCCUUCUAUCUUCCUUUCUGACAUUUAUUAUUCUUUUUGAGCAAGAAUUUACAGAUGAUGGCACAGUUAGUAGAGCUGUUCCACUCUCCCCCCUCCCUCCUGCCCAUAUGGUGACUGCAUUUUACAACAAUAAAAGUUCAGAGUGGUCAUGUCAAAAGGUGAUGUUUGCCAGCACUGCUUUAAAAUGAUGGAAAUGUGCUCAAAGGAAAUGUUUCAAUACGGAUCUGCCUUGGCCUUUAUUAAUAUGAGCAGUUUGCUUCAUCUGUUUGUUUGAGAUUUGAUUUUUGUAUUUUUGGUUUGUUUUGUUCAGGAGUUUCCAAUAAAUUUUUUACAUUGUCUUUCCUUUAAAUAGAAGACUUCACGAGGGUGUGUGCUAUAGGAAGAGUGCUGUUUCUUUCUUGGAAAUGCACAUAUUUUAAUAUUUUUAAUGGCAUAGUGCAUGGAAUUUAGAGGAGUUGGUAGAAUGCUGCUUCUGUUCUAAAAAAAAAGCAGACCUGGUAUCUCCAAACGUUGUGGCCAGUGUUGUAUCUGGAAUCUGACAUUGAUUAUAAUUACUUCAGGCUUUGGUUUAUUACAGUUGUACCCUUCUGACUCUGGGGCAUGGCAAGAUUCUCAGGAAUUGGGUUUUGUUUAUUCUCAUAAAUGCUACACUUUUAGAGGGGUAACAUCAUUUCUGCAUCUUCAUUAACACCUCUAGUGUAGCUUUUAUAUUGAGACUAAAUGUGAACAUAAACAUUAUUUUGACUAAGAGCAAAACAGAAUCUAUUUUGUGGUACUGCUCAUUCUGCUUCUUUUGGUGUGGAUAGGACUGUUUAUUUUCUUCUCUGACUUAACAGGGGAGGAAUUAAUUUCUUAGUUCUCAAAAGUCAGAACUCCUGAAACAUACAGGUCCUUUAGGCUUUCUAAGAUAGCUGCAUUGGGGAAAUGGCAGGCCUUACAUUUUACACAGCUUAAAAUCUGAAAAGGUAGCAUUCUGCCUGCUCUUGGUCAUUUACAGAAGUGCCUUCAGAACUGGGUGCCAUAUGGCAGCAAAAAGCUCCUAACAUCUUUUUAUUAAAGCUAUUUAAGAUACAUGCACCACUUAAGGUGGCUGUAACCACUGAUAAUAUGGUCACUUCUGCAAGCUUUUACACAAUUCCAACAAUGCUUUGUAAUUUUCUUUAGAAGCUUCAUUUCGUUUUGUUCAGUUCUGCGGAAAUACAAAGUUACCCAGCAUAUGAUUAAUGUAGUUAUGGCUUGCCUGUGGAUGUGACAUAACAAAGAGCUGCAAGGCAAAAUAAUUUAUCUAGAAAUGUUGAGCCUCUGAUACAGAAGUAAAAGUUGUUCUAUUUUCCCCCAAAAAAGGGAAAAGAGAUAAAGAAGGCCUAUGUCAUUGAAAGAGAAGGACUCUAAAAUCAGAAGAAAUAUACAGCUGCAUAAUAAAAUAUUCCUCCCACUUUUUCAACUUGUAGCAGCAUAAAUAGUCAGAGAUAUAAUUCCAGAUAUUGUGAAUUUAAUAGGCUAUAUUUAUCCCAGUCUUCAUAUGAGAGUUAGAAGAACCUUUAAAAGUGCAGGUCAUCAAGAUGUAGUGAUAGCAGAUAUUUUUUUCUUAUAAAUAAAAGAACUACAGCAUUAGACAUAGUAAAAGAUGAAAGUUUAGAGAAGCUGUUAGAGAUGGCUGACAAAUGGUGUUUUCUCAAUUUCUGUGUAAAGGACUAAAGUAAAAGCUGUUUAGAAUAAAGUUUAACCAACUUUAAAAUCCUAACGAGUAGUGGGCAUUCACAUGUUAAGCAAAAUGAAAUGUUGGAAAGGAGAAGAUAAAGGAUUAGGAAAAGUGACAGAAAGUGAAAGAAGAGCUCCUUUUCUCUAUUUUUUUACUUUAUCCAUAUUUUUUAACAUCCUUCUGAAUUGGAAAAGUAACACUCAGAAGUGGGACACAAAGUUCCAUGUUUGUUAUAGGAAAUACAAUAAUGUAUAGAUUUUUUUUUUUAAUUGCUGAGGGUUUUUUAAUUUACUUUUCCACUUGUAUGAAAAUGAAAUUAGCUUUUUUCUUCAAGUCUCUUCUGAUGGUGUUGUUGCAAUUGCUUUAACAGUUUUGCAGUAGACCAGUGAUUAGAAUUUUGUGUAUUGUCCAGUCGGUACAUAUGCAGCCACAGAAUUCAGCUUCCCACAGCCAAACAGCCUCUGUAGAAGCAGCAGGAACAGAAAGUGGUAUUGUUUUAAAUUUGCGUUACCAGAGUGUCUGUGAGGCUUAAUCAGGCCAGCAUCCCACUGGCUAGACACUGUGCAAACACAGAACAAAAACAAAGGCUUCCCACAGAGUGGGUAUAAUCCAAGUUAAGACAAAAGACAAAAAGAACAAGGAUGGAAAAGUAAAAUGAGAGUGUCAAUAUUUGUCUAGCUGAUUAGCAAUGGUUUCAGCACACCAUCACUUUAAAUAUUGUCAUCUUUUUUUUUCCUGUAUACAUUAUGAGAAGGGAAAAAUGGAGAGUGAGAUUUGGAGGCUUGUUAACAAGGGAGCUGUAAGAAUCUAUAUUCUGGACCAGCUCUGCAUGGCAUCUAAACUCUAUUUGACUUUGCUUAGUAGUCCUUUCUCAGUCAGUCAGAUGUCCAAGCAUUAAGCAGAUGGAGGUGGCUAUCUGUUUAACAGUAUCAGUCAUCUCAGCUCUCUGGAGUCCUGCCCAUGCCUCCUGACAAUGUUUUUGCCACUGUGUUGAUGUCUUCUCUAAAGUAUGAGAGAAUGGACAAAAGCUAGUUUCAAAACUUUACAGAGAAACAAAGCUAGUGUUAUGGGCACCAAGUGAACAGUGAUCGAGGGCUCCUGAGUGGCCUCUAAAGUAAAGACAAGGUCUGUCCAUCUGAUGAAAGACUGGCAGGGCAUCAGUGAAGAAACUAAAGAAAGAGAUAGAAUAAUCAAAAUAACGUUUAAGAAUUUACCUUUGCAGUAGUAUUUUGAAUGAGUAAAGACAGUGAAAUUGCUUUGUCAGAGCCUGUGAAAAUGCUGAAGUCAGUGGCUGAUACUGACAGCUUAUAUGAGAUUAAGUGAAUAAGCAAAAUCUAUAUCCUGCAGCUAUAAACAAGAAGUUCAGUGAAGUACUGGUGAAAUUUAGAGGAGACAACUUAGAAAUCAGAUUUUAAGAUGACUGGUUUUGCCUACCUAGAAUGACAUUAUGAAAGUGAAAAUAAGGAAGGCUGUUGUAUGGGUGCAUUAAGUUUAAGAAGCUAGACCUCUAGAAAGUGAUGUCCAUAGGCAUCAUUGCUACUUUGGUUUGAAAAAUUAGUGUCUAGUCUGGACUGUAGAAGCAGCUCUGCAGAUCUUUCACAUGUAGAUGCUACCUAAAGUAGUCACCAACAAACCUACCCUGGAGAGAAAAGAGAAGGAAAUAUGGAGUGUUUGCCCUUCAAGUGCAAACUUUGCCCUCCAAUCUUUGGAUUUGGAACACUAUGGGAAACUGAGGAAAGUGGAUUUUCUUCCAAAUACUCCACUCAAAAAAACCCAAUCUUGGAAGGAAAGGAAAUGAAAAAGAUAGGGAUAGGAGUGAAAUGAGGAUAACAGGAUACAAUUAAUAAUGUACCACUGGUUUCAUUGAAGAUGGCUCACGUGAUGAAUAUAAAAUAGCAGGUUUGAGGCCAGUUAUAGAACAUGUUAUUAAGGACUGUAAUCAAAAUGAAAUACUGACUUCCUCAAAAUGAAAGGCAGGCAGAUGCCAGUUUGAUAGAGCGUGACAGAACUACAGGAAGGAAACAGCUUAACCAUUAGAAGAGAAACAACAGUUGGAAAAGCACAUUGGUUAAUAAUAAUAUAUUUUGUCUUUUUAAAGACAUGAAAUUAUACAGUGUGGCAGAAAAGAAAAAAAUUAGAAGACAAAGUGAGGAUCAGGAGGGAUAAACAUGCUUGAAAUGAGAUCAGCAGGGAGCCUACUACAAAUGAUCAGAUAAGAACAUAAGAUAAGCAUCUGCUUUUGUGGCCAAAGUAGUGGAAAGAACACUCCAUAUAUUCAUCAACUUUUCUCCUAGAAAAACUUGCCCUAGAAUCAUAGAAAUACAGAAAAAUGCAAGCUUGAUGGGAUCUCAAAGGGUCUCUGGUCAAAUCGUAUACUAAAAGCAGAGUUCACGGUCUAUAGGAUGUAAAAUGGUAAUAAAGUCAGCAGGAAAGAACCUGCUGCUUAGAGGAAAUACGUGAGGUAUAAAUAUUCACAUUAUAAUAAAAUGCUUUUGGUAUUGUUGGAAAAUCUUAGUAAUAAAGUACAAGAACUACAGCUUGCUUGCAAUAUUUUUAAGUUCUGAAUGACGUGACUGAGCUGUACACCUUUAAUAGUUGUAUUCCACACUUUACUUUUUGAGGUUUUAAAAUUAUUUCAGAAUUACACAGGAUUGUUAAGUUUGCACAUUGUCAGGCAAGAGAAUUUCCCGUGCUUCUCACAAAGAUUGUCCAUAGGAUCUGUUGCUCUAACCUUGUUUCUCAGUGUCUUUCAAGGAAAUUAACAACAACAAAAAAAAUGCACCUGUUUCACAUACAGACUGUAGGAAGCUAGUUUAAAUCUUCAUGUAGAUGUUACUUACUGCCACCAGGAAAAGAAUUAGUAGCAUGCUUAUUCUACUUUGUUCCAGAGAAUUUAAACCUUUGCAAGAAAUAAUUAAGAACUGCUAUUAUGUUUUUCAUCAGUUGCUCAGAACCAAGACAUUUAAGAAUUCAUUGUUUUGCUUUCAUGAAUGUCAAAGCAGAAUAUUUGGUUGACCUCAGCUGAAGCAGGUUCAGGGCAUACCUGUAUUAAAUGCAUGCACUGAAACUGCUAUUUUUCCAAUAUAUCUAUUUUAUAGUUUUCUAGUUCUACUCUACUGUUAACAUUGUACAAUUGUAGAUGUGACAAAUUGCAGCUAGAAAGACUUCAAUUUAGGAGUCAUAAUUGUAUGCAUUCUGUUAAUAAUUCAUGACUGGGGUGAUUUAUCAUUUGUACAUUGAUAGAUGACGUUCUUGCCAGGACUACACAGCAACUAACAGAAUGAAAAGUAGGAGUUUUAUUACGAUGGAUGAUUCCUUGGAAAUGGACUUUAGAAUUUGAAAUCCAAUACAGUCAGAAGCUUUCAGCUCUUACGCAAAACCCAUACUGGUUUUCAGCUCUUUCCCUUUAACACAAUCUAUACAUACAAUUUUUGAAAAGUAAGGUUUACAUCUAUUUUUUAAUACCAAACUGUUGACAACUACUACAUGUGUUUAAGGAUACUAAACCUUGAACAGGGGAAAGUGAUUUACAUAAAAAGUGGUUAUCAGUUGGGAAAAAAAUACCAGGUUUGAUAAGGCUUGGGUUUUUUUUUUCACUUCUGGUAACUAAUAACUUAAGAAUCUAUACAGCACAGAAGUCCAUGCACACCUGUUUAUUUUUUGCAUUCUUCCUUUUCUCCUUAGCUUUACAAUCUCCACUGCCUACUUAAUUAGACUACAGUUCCACACACCUAGAAGCAAAUCAACUUAAAACCUUUUCAGAUUGGCUUUCAGGUUAACAUCCACCUUUUAGAAAGGGUAAUGAAAAUGGAAGUGGUACUGGGGGCAAGCGCUGUCUAUAUGGGGGCUUUUGUAUAGUACUCUGUGAGGGUUCUGAUGAAUCUUCUGGACACAGUUAAAAGUAUGAAAUAAUAAUAAUGGAAUUCCAUUAAGUUGCUUCCCUGUUCUCCUUUAUUUAUUGCUGAAGUUUCCAGCUCAGAAGACUCUUACCAUAGAGAAAUCAAAGUCAAAAGAAAUCACACAUUCUCCAUUAAGCGCAGUAAAAUACUCAUCAGAUCUUCAGUAAGUGAAGCCUCGGUAGGUGGAGGGGAGUUGACUGCAACUCAGUAACUAUGUAACAAGGAUGAUGAUCAAAAGAGGUUUUGUGUGUUAACAAAAGAUUACUCCUAAGUAGAUUAGACUGAGUGGAUAUUCUGAUGAAUCUAAAAAGAGGCUCAAGUGUACAGAUACAGAGACUGAGCUCCAUUACUCAGGUAGUCCAUCAGGUUUUAUACUUAUGCACACAGGUAGAAGUGACUCUGACUUCUUUCUUGGGUCCCACUGAAAUUAGUGUAAGGGGUGUUAGAGCCACAUUUAUAAAAGAGUAGAAACACCAGUAGAAUUUUUUUGUAUAUGAAACAUCUUUUAACUGUAUAUGCCAGUUUUGAGACUCAUCUCUCCAGAUAACUUCUCAAAUUUACAUGUCCUCAUUUAUGCAAUCCUUAUUUAGUCAUUUGUGUGACUCUUGUGUUUCAUGGAAUUAGUUUAGUUUUUCACUUCUUUUUAUGAUCCACUGUCACCUGUCUCUCAGUAGCAUUACAUCAGUCUGCUUAAGAUCAGUAUAAACAGGACAAAACAUAUGUACAUGCCAAAUUCACUGUAGGUAGUAUAAAAACAUUUUGUUACCUUCAUAGAAUUAGGCAAUUUUCAUGGCCAUGAACACGAGACCCAUCUGUAAGUAAAAUCCCCUAUCUGUAACAGAACGUUCUCCCCUGUCUUUGUGACAGAAAAAUAAACAUCAAUCUCUUUUUUGCUAGAUUAUCAUGGUCAUAGGGAGUAAUCCUAUUUGGAGCAUCGUUUGAGUCACUAGCUGUACUCCACGGAUUUAUCAUCCUAGAAUACUUUAACCAUUGAGUCCUUGGGUGGUGAAGUUGUUAAGAGCUCUCAAACUGAAUGCUUGCAUGUUUUCCACCCGCUUGCUUUUCAAACCUAGAUAAUUAUCUGGGGUCUAAGUAACUGUAUUUCUAAAUGAAUCCCUGUGAACACAGUCUUCUGUUUCCAGAAUCUCUGUACAACUGCAUAGUCCCACAAGCUUUCUUCCCCAUACUCCAUACUGAGGAUUCUUAGCUGACUUCUGUAUGACAGAAAAUAAUAAACCCUAUCUGUAACUUAA